AGGCAGGACAAGCGAUCUCUUCGUGCUCCUGAUUGGCCGUCAUGUUAGACUCUAGCUUCUCCGUCUCUAGGGCUUGAGAUUGAGACUCUCAGCUGCUCCCAGGCUCAUCUUCCAGGCCUCAUCACCGUACUCAAUGCAAGAACUGUGAUUUAGGCCGUCCUGCCAUGCUCCUUGGCCUCGAAGGUCUGAAUUACACUUGACCCAUCACUUGCUAGACUAAACCGUUCCUGCCUUUAUCUUAUCUACUGUGGAAGGGAUCAGGAGAUCCAAUGGAGGUCUCACCUAUCAGCCCAAUGAGAGAGAAGAACACCGCUCAACCGCAGCAGCGGGAAGAGAACGCCCAGCAAAACCUAAACGCAGCCAUUCCGUUUAGGCUGCAGUCCCCAGGGCUUCUCCCUGAAGCCCUGGAGGUGGGAGCGAGACCAGAUCCAGCCAGUCAAAUUGUAGAGACUCAGGAGGUCGGAAACCCCGCAGCUGGAUUUGAGGGUGACUCUGAUAAAAUUCAUGUCUCAGCGGAUGAGAUGGCAGAGCACCUCCAAGCUUCUAAUCUUUGGUACUGCCCUGAUGGGAGUUUUGUAAAGAAGAUCAUAGUCCAUGGCCACGGCUUAGACAAACCCAAGUUAGGCUCCAAGCGCCGAGUGUUGGCCUUGGGAUUUCCUUUUGGAUGUGGGAUGCCAGAGGGCUGGACAGAGCUAACCAUAGGCAUAGGGCAAUGGAGGAAAAUUUGGGGGGAACUCACAGAAAAAUGCCUGGAGUCUAUGCGUCAAGGUGAGGAAGCGAAGAUCCACCAUCCUGGAUCCUCUGCACCUCUUGCCAAGCUCAGACUGGAUUCCUUCAACAAUGGCCGGAACUCCUGGAAGUUGGAGGCUAUGGAGAAGGAGGCUCUGGCCAAAGAAGAACACAGAAGGGGUACAGAACUGUUUCAAGCUGGGAACCCUCAAGGGGCUGCCCGGUGCUAUGGACGGGCUCUCCGACUGCUGCUAACGCUGCCCCCACCCGGUCCCCCUGAACGAACCAUUCUCUAUUCCAAUCUGGCUGCCUGCCAGUUGCUGCUAGGACAACCCGGGUUGGCAGUCCAGAGCUGUGACCGAGUGCUGGAGCAGGAGCCGGGUCACUUAAAGGCCUUAUACCGAAGGGGGGUUGCUCAGGCUGCCCUCGGGGACUUGGAAAAAGCAACUGCUGAUCUCAAGAAAGUUCUAGCGUCAGAUCCUAAAAACCGUGCGGCGAGGGAGGAGCUGGGGAAGGUGGUCCUUCAGGGAAAGAAACAGGAUGCAGGGCUGGCUCGGGGACUGCGCAAGAUGUUUAGCUGAUUAAAAAGAGGCAGGAACCCGUGAA